AUGGAUGCCAAUGGAACUUUUUCACUUGUAUUUAUUGAUGAUGUGACUGCUGACAAAAGCAGCAGGAUGAAUGCUGAAGUGUUUUGGGCAAUGUCAUCUGCUCGUAGUCAGCCAAAUGCUUCAUAACUCAUUGGACGGCGCUUUACAGUGCAGAUGGACAAUGACUCGAAGCAUACUGCGAAAGCAACCAGAGUUUUUUAAGGCAAAGAAGUGGAAUGUUCUGCAAUGGCCAAGUCAAUCACCUGACCUGAAUCCAAUUGAGCAUGCAUUUAACUUGCUGAAGACAAGACUGAAAGGAAAAUGCCCCUGAAGACAGUUGCAGUAGAGGCCUGGCAGAGCAUCACCAGGGACGAAACCCAGAAUCUGGUGAUGUCUAUGGGUUCCAGACGUAAGGCUGUCAUUAACUGCAAAGGAUUUGCAACCAAGUAUUAAAAGUGACAAUUAGAUUUAUGAUUAUGUUAGUUUUCCAAUUACUUUUGGUCCCUUAAAAUGGGGGGGGGGGGCACAUAUAAAAGUUGUUGAAAUUCCUACACAGCUUCUCCCUGAUUUGGAUGUAAAUAUCCUCAGAUUAAAGCUGAAAGUCUGCACUUAAAGCACAUCUUGAUUGGUUCAUUUCAAAUCCAAUAUGGUGGUGUACAGAGCCAAAAUGAUAAAUUGUGUCAAUGUCCAAAUAUUUAUGGACCCAACUGUAGAUCUGACAUCUAGACAACAGCUUUUUCUUUUAAAUAUGUUUAAUGGUGGCCCGCUCCUUUCACCCCCCACACUUAUCAACUGUCUCCCCUUUGCCGAUUUUGUGAUGGGAAUUGGGGAACGAAAACACUCGUUGUGUCUCGUGAAUUACCAAGCGUCUAUUGGUAGUGUAGGGCUCAGAUAUAUGCAUUUACAAUUGCGAAAUGUGAUGGAAAAACGAUUGGCCACAACAAUGGCCAAUUGUUACACCAACAAUAUACCCUGACCCUGCAGGCACAGUUUUAGGUGAAACUGUGUUGAUUUUCCAAGCGUUGAUUGGGAUACUGCGUUUCUUUUUCCGCGAUUAUAAAUCUAAAUGAAGCACUGACUAAGUAGGCCUAAGUUGAAAAAAAAAAUGUCAGUAAAAAUGGUCAUCCAGUUUUCAUCCUGAACGCCAGGUAGGCCUUUCCUAUGUGAGCGUGUCAGGGUGUGUGUAAGAGGGAGGGACAGAGAUGUCCUAUUUAGGCUUCCAUUCCCAGAAUGCCGUGUGUUGCCCGGAUUGUGCGAGUUUGGCUGAAGAAGCAACGGAUGUCAUAACGGAUCACACUGUAGCACACUGGAGCCAGCUGCCAAACCGAGGCACAGCAGACCUAACUACACGGAACCAGGGCAUACCGGGUAAAUCACCAUGACAACAGAACCGGAAGCUCCACCCCCGCAGGAAGCUCCUCUCCCACAGGAAGCUCUUCCCCCACAGGCAGAGUCAUUCCCCACGGCCGCCGCCCACAGCACACCUGUCAGAAAGGAGCAGGGUGUGGAGCGAGUGGAGGCUGGCCUGGAGGUGACCCAGUCUGAGGAGGAUCAAGCAUCUCACCUCUCCUCCUCCUCCAAGAUCAAUCGUUCUCCAGCCAGGACCAGCAGGAGCCUGAGGAACAUGCACUGCAAGGUCACCCUGCUAGACGGCUCCGAUUACACCUGCUCUGUGGAGAAGCGUGAGCGUGGCCAUGUGCUGUUUGACAAGGUGUGUGAGCACCUCAACCUGCUAGAGAGGGACUACUUUGGCAUCACAUUCCGAGACCUCGACAACCAGAAGAACUGGCUGGAUCCCUCCAAGGAGAUGAAGAAACAGAUCAGAGGCGUGGCUUGGAACUUCUCCUUCAACGUCAAAUUCUACCCUCCUGAUCCCACACAGCUGUCAGAGGACAUCACCAGGUACUACCUGUGCCUGCAGCUGAGGGAUGACGUGGUGUCUGGACGUCUGCCCUGCUCCUUAGCCACUCACACUGUCCUGGGUUCCUACACCGCCCAAUCAGAGCUGGGGGACUACGACCCUGAGGAGUCGGGGCCAGACUACAUCAGCGAGCUGCGCUUUGCCCCCAACCAGACCAAGGAGCUGGAGGACAAGAUCAUGGACCUGCACAAGAACUACAAGGGAAUGACACCAGCUGAGGCUGAAAUGCAUUUCCUGGAGAAUGUCAAGAAGCUCUCCAUGUACGGGGUGGACCUCCACCAUGCAAAGUUGGUAGGAACCCUGUUUGAGUGCUUGUCUCCAGCUAAGGGGGAGGACUCGGAGGGUGUGGAGAUCAUGCUGGGUGUGUGUUCCAGCGGGCUGCUGAUCUACAGAGACCGUCUGAGGAUCAACCGCUUCGCCUGGCCCAAAGUCCUCAAGAUCUCCUACAAGAGGAACAACUUCUACAUCAAGAUACGACCUGGAGAGUUUGAACAGUUUGAGAGCACCAUUGGCUUCAAACUUCCCAACCACAGAGCAGCCAAGAGGCUGUGGAAGGUCUGUGUGGAGCACCACACCUUCUUCAGGCUUGUGUCCCCAGAGGAGCCUCCCAGGAAGUUUCUGUCUCUGGGUUCGAAGUUCCGCUACAGCGGCAGGACCCAGGUCCAGACCCGACGAGCCUCAUCCCAGAUCGCCCGGCCAGCUCCCUUCUUCCAGCGCUCCACCAGUAAACGCUACAUCAUGUCCCGCAGUUUGGAUGGAGCCCAGAGGAACAGUCCCAGACACAGCCUGCCUGUGUCCCCAGCAGCCAGAGCUCCUGUCAGUGUUAACGGCUCUAGAUCUUUACCCAGACCUACUACACAUAGAGAUUCAGAGAUGGGCUCGGGCUUGUACGCAGCAUCGAAGGGCAUCGCCAUGAGUGACCUGAUCACCACAGUGACACCAGAGAAGAGGGUAGAGGAGUGGAAAGUGGAGGAGCAGGUGGAGGAUAAGAAAGUAAUGUGGAGGGUGGAGGAGAGGAGAGCGGUAGGGGUGGAAGAGAGGAGAGUGGUAGAGGUGGAGCAGAGGAGAGCAGUAGAAGUGGAGGAAGAGGAUGAGACAACAAAGGUUUCAGAGGUCUCUCAACCCAGCCCCCCGACACCUGUACGUCAAGACACCAAGACUGAGCUGACAGACACAGCUGUAGAUGGAGAUCUCACAGCCACUGAGUCGGAACAGGAGGACGAGUCUGAGUUGAAAACACAGGACACGUUGGGGAGCCCUGAGGAGCUGCAGAAGCACCAGAGCCACAUCACCAACCUUAAGAGGAGCUUCAUGGAGUCUGGUGCCGUCUCUGCUGGCCUCAGUGAAUGGGAGAAGAGGUUGUCCUCCUCCCCUCUGCGCUUGCCACGCCUGGACGAUGCCCCCAUGAUAGAACCCCUGGAACCCGAGGAGGACUGUGAUGGCUGGGUGAUAGUCAGUAAGGUCCCUCCCCAGGUAGCAGACAAGACCAACGCAGUCAGCUACAGCAGGCUGGCCGUCACAAGCAGGGCUCAAGCUGUGGUCACGACCCUGGGUCAAGGGGGCAGGGAAAGGAGCUACGCCCUUGGACAGGAAGCUAAGGAGAAGAGCUACACCCUUGGACAGGAAGCUAAGGAGAAGAGCUACACCCUUGGCAAGAGUUAUGACACCACCUCUGGCAAGAUCGUAACCAUGACUACCAAGUCCAAGGAGGAAGGGGAGGUGGUUGCCGCAGCAGCAUUUGCCCAAGAGCUGAGAAGAGGGGUGGAGCAAGCCACUGCUACGGUCAAGAUAAUUCCUGUGGAGACAGACAGUGAUGUCUCAUGCCCAGGAGGCAUGGCUAGGCUGGAUGGCAGAGGGACCACACCCCUUAUCACCAUCAGAGAGGCACGCACCCCAACCUCCCCUCCAGGGCCCCUCUCCCCUCAUGGCCUUGGGCCAGAAGCAGGGUUAAGUCAGGUGUCCAGUCCCAGAUUGAGCCUAGGGUCAGGGUCUGGCCUGGGUCUAGGGUCAGGUCUGGGCUCCAGCCUGGCUUUAGGCCUAAGGAGCAACAGGAGCCAGGAGCUCCAGGAUCAGAAAGAGCUGCUGAAGGAACCUGGACACCUGGGAGAUAAGACCACCCCUCUCACCCCCCUCACCCCCCUCACCCCAUUCACCCCUCUGUCCCCCCUCUCCCCCCGCUCCCCCUUGCCCAAGUCCCCCAUGGUGGACCUACGUCUCAGCCCUGCCCCCCAGCCCUACCUGACCAGAACAUCCCCCUGUGCAAGAGUGCCCAAGCCAACGUUUGAUGAGAUGUCCCCAGAGCUGACGGCUCUGCUGCAGUCGGCCAGAGAGCAAACUAGUCCUCGUGUCUGGCCUCCUGGCCCCUCCUCUGGACUCACGCUACUGAAGACCGGCGAGACUCUGGAGAGAGUUGUCACAGCAACAGAGAAGGAUUCCUCUCUAGAUCAAGACCAGAUAAUAGAGGAGCAGCUAGAGGCGAAGCUAAAGCAGGAACAAGAAGUCCAGGUAGAGAUGGAGGAUGGUGCAGAACAGGGGCUGCUAGGAGAUGUUCCUGAGUCAGGGUCUGAGAGCGGGGCAAGCGAGCUCAGUGAUGUUCUCAGCAUAGCGUCCCUGGCUGCUGCUGCCCAGACCACUGUGGACCAGGUCCUACAGGCAGCCAUUAGGGAGGCAGGGGGGUUGGAGAAGGAGGAGCAGAGGAGGCAGGAAGAGGAGGAGCAGGGGGAGGAGGAGCAGGAGGAUGAGGUGGAGGACCAGGUUGGGUUGAAGGAGGAGCAGGGGGGGCUGAAGGAGAAGGGGAACCAGGGGGAGCAGGAGGAGGAGCAGGGUCAUCGCCUUAUCCAUGGUCUAGGUUUGGAUGUGAGUCUGGCUCCCAGUCCCUGUCCUGAUCCUGGUUCUGGGGAGGAGGAGUCUGUUUCUGAGGGGAACAGUGAGGACUGGAGGGAUUCUGGAGACAUCUCUCCCCCCUCCUCCCUCGCCUCCCCCUCCUCCUUACAAAGGAGGCAACAUGAUGAAUGGACCAGGGUGGAUCACCCAGACUCCAACAGCACUACUGAGCCUCUGACGAAGAUUUCAUCUGUGCAGCAGUCAGAGGUUGUGACCUUUAGCAGCUUUGCAGAAGAAGGGCUGGGAGAGGAUGUUCACACCGCCAUGAAAACCAUAACUUACCAAACACUGGAGGGUGGCACUAAGGUAGAGCCUGAUGCAGGUGUUCUGAUGAGCGCCCAGACCAUCACCUCUGAGACCAGCAGCACCACUACCACCACGCAUAUCACCAAGACUGUGAAGGGAGGAAUCUCUGAGACACGAAUCGAGAAGAGGAUUGUGAUCUCUGGAGAUGCAGACAUUGACCAUGAUGAGGCUCUGGCCCAGGCCAUCAAGGAGGCCAAAGAGCAGCAUCCCGACAUGUCGGUGACCAGGGUGGUUGUGCACAAGGAGACGGAGAUCUCACCUGAGGAAGGGGAGGAGUGACAGGACUGAGGCUCACUGACCUGGAGGGUUCUGAAGAGUUCCAGAAGGUCACCUGCUCGAUCCCUACAGGAUCACACAAGCUGCUCCACGACAGACAAGACUGCAUCUGAGCACUACUGGACUAGCACACACACAUGCAUAAAUGCCCACUCUUUAUAUCUCACCAAGACACACACACACACACACUCUAAGAGCUCCCUGGCAAUCAGGCGUCUGCUGGUCCUUACAGGAACAUGUUUGUUGCAUGACAAGGGAACCGUUCUGUUGUACGACCUCAUCUCCAUGUUGUGGUCUUGAGUUGCAGGGAAAGAGUCUGUCUAUUUAUUUACUCUCAAUACUCUCUUAGUGAACUGAAUGUGAACAAGUACCUAUUUAUUCUGUAGACAUGCCAAAACACACUCUCUCCUUGUACCCUCAAAUGUUAAGUAAGUACGUUUUUACACAUCUACAUGUUUAUUCAGCUUACAAGCUCAGUAGGCCAGAAGAAAAUGUUUUUCCUUGUUUUGUUUGUAUAUACGACCAUUUGCAUUAUAAACCUAACCGUCCUUGAUGAGUGUCUUCAUCCACACACAAGCCUCAGCAGAACUAACAGAUAGCAACUGCCACAGUUCUGCCUAAAUCCCUGUGUCUCUCUGAGACAAUCACACUGUGUCACCCUGACCCCUUUCUCAUCCACCACCAUGGCUCUGCCCAGUAUCCAUAAUUCCCACAACUCUGAAAUAAACUGAAAAAUAAAUCUAUCUACUGUCUCUUUCUGUCUGCUGUGUGUUCUGUGGGUUGCUGUGAAGCCUGUGUGUGCAGGGUUCAGUGGGACCCCAGCAUGGCUGGACAUGGCCUGGAACUGGAAGCACGUUUGAAGAAUAUAGGGUUUUUGUUACUAAAAUGUGACAUUCCCACCCCUCACUGUGAAUAAUAAUAUGCAGCAGGCUCUAUUAGGCCUCAGGAAUCAUUAAUGAAAGGUUAUUGGUGGUCCAGUGCCAGCCGUUUUAGACCCACCUUCU